AGACAGGAUGCUGAGCUCCUCUAAGAGAAGGCAUCCUGGAAUCUCAGGCCUCAAAGGCUUUUCUACCAAGUGUUUCACACAAACACGCUGCUUUUCCUUUGACACGUUGCUGCAUUAUGGAGAGGAGGAACUCACAGGAGCGAGAGCUGCGAGAGGAAAAGCUCAGAAAAAAAAAAAAGGAUCUGAUUCGGUACGGAAAGACCAAACAAAACCUCUCACGAGACGACUGGCUGCGCGCGUUAGACGUCCCGAAAAGAUGGUUCUGGCACUUCUACUUCAUCUCUGUGGUCUGGAAUGCUUUUCUUCUGUCUUUGUACCUGAACUCCAUAUUUCAGCAUCAGUGCUACCCGUCAUGGCUGACUGGAAUAUUAGACAUUUUGACAGAUGCACCAAACACCGACAGUCACGUCCCACAGCUGUCUACUCUGCUGGUGCAGCUGCUGCUGUGCGUCCACUCCCUCAGGAGGCUGCUUGAGUGCCUGUUCGUCAGCGUCUUCUCUGACGGAGCCCUUCACGUGGUGCAGUACGUGUUCGGCGUGUGUUAUUACGUCAUACUGGGGCUGACGGUGCUCGGCUCCGAUCGUCUGGGAGAAGGGACUGGAAGCCUCCUCUUUCAGCUGGACUGGUUUCAUGUGGCUGGAAGUGCACUUUUCAUUUGGGCCUCUCUGAUGCAGCAUCAGUCCACGGUGCUGCUGGCCGGGCUUCGCACCGGAAAGUCAGGAUCGGUGGAGACGCUGGCUCACAGGGUGCCACGGGGAGGCUGGUUCGAGCUGGUGUCCUGCCCGCAUUACUUCGCUGAGCUGCUGAUCUACGUCUCGCUGAGCCUGGUUUUCGGAGGCGUGUCCCUCACCUGGUGGCUCGUGGUCCUUUAUGUGCUGUUCAACCAGGCGCUGGCAGCGCAGCUCUGUCACGACCUUUACGUCAGCAAAUACGAGUCGUACCCGAAGCACAGGAAAGCAUUCAUACCGUUUGUGCUGUGAGCACGGAACUGUAAAAUCCAUGGAAAACGAGAAGUGUCAGAGACGCCUGAGGAUCUGAAGGUGUUGCAGUAAAACUCACCUUACUGUCAGCAUCGAUUGAUAAGAUGCUCUGGACCACCAGCCGACAGGACAGCGAUGUCUGCAGCUGACGGUGUGAUCGUGAAGCGUCGCAGUGCUGCAGAAACAAUCGUCCAGCUGAAGUCUCUCUGGGGAGAAGUGAGCUGCUUCUACAAACUGAUGUGUACAAAUGACGAACGUCACAAAUCACUCGCUGACUGCAAAAUCUAGUUUUUGUCAUAAUGAGGUACAUUUAUGCAAUAAUACUGACACAUUUUCUCUAUUAUGACACACUAACGUAUCUUGUUAUAACACACAAGAAACAUUUUUAUGUUGAUAAAAUGAGGCGUUUUGAGAAAUUGAUGUUUUGACUGAAUAUUUUUCUUGCUACAGCAACAUAUAGAAUGUUUUCUUCAGCACAACAUACCGGCAUAUCUCGUAGAACGAGCAGGUUUUGUUAAAAUAAGUGGGUUUGUCACAAUAACGAGAUAAAUAUAAGUAUAUUAUAACAUAAACAUAAAUCAAUGUGAGAAACUGGGCUUCUUUUCUCAUGUCUGCAACAACAAUAUCCUGUACAAAUAUUAGGAAGUUGUUUUUUGAUAUAUAUGAUAACGAACUGCAACAUGAAAUCAUUUUUGUUGUAAUGAAAUACUUCACUUCUACCCGAUAAAAAUAAAAACCUAUCACGGGA